CCUUGGGCCCCGUUCGUGCCGUUUGCGGUCAUUCUGGCGCCCUCGGGCCUGCCAGAGGUUCGAGCCACAAGGGCUCGAAGGUUUCUCCCACCACUUCUCACAACGAGGACGCCGCAUCCCCAACCCAGCAUCCGCAUCGCCUUCGGGCUGUGACCUCCCCCGGGCGCGUCGGCGGCGCCGAUGGGUAGCACCCGCAGGGCGCCGAGGGGCGGGCUCCUUGUUGGACCUCGCGCCGGUGCGGCGUUGCUGGCGUCGGCGAGCGAGGCCUGCCUCGACUCGCCAGGAAGCGGCAGUUCGGCGCCACCGUCUCCGCGGUCGCGGGCACAGAUCGUGGAGGCCAUCGAGAGUCUGUACGAGGACCGCCUGCGGCCCUACGGGCGGAUACUGCGCAAGAGGAUCUCCGAGCGGAGCGGGGGCGGCCAGGAGUGCGGCCUGGCGAGCCUGCGCGCGCGGUGCGAAGCCUGCCCCGGGCUGAGGGUCCAGUGCGAGGAGGGCGGUGAGUUCGCGGUGCUGCUCUCUGGGCGGCCUGAGGACUUCGUGGACAUCUACGGCGGCGAGGAUGUGUACCCGGAGGAGCUCUGGGCCGCCGCGGCCGACUACUUCGGCGGCCUGGGGGCGGAGGCGGAGGCGCUGCCGGGUGGCCGCUUCGCGAGCGCGGAGGCGCUGGCCUCACGAGGGCUGCCGUUCCUCCGGGGCUACACCCUCGGCCAGGUGUGCCACAUCACGCAGCUGGCGCUCACACGGCGGAGGCUGCUCGGCUACUCCGACGGCGCCAUUGUUCCUUACGGCCAAUCCACGUCCAUGCGGAAGAGCCGCUGCGCGACGUUGCAAUGCCCGUGUGCAGCCGGCGAUCCCGCCAAGGAGCCCCUCUCGGGGCUGGAGGUGGCCAGCUGGGACGUCGCUCGGCUUCGCUUGCACGAGAUCUUGCAGAGAUCGGUGGAGCGGGGCACAAACCAGGUGCCACUCUCGAACGUCAAGCGCCUUUUCCGAUCCUUGUUCAAGCUGGAGCUCAGCGAGACGAAGCUGGGCCACUCCAAGCUCACGGAGCUGCUGCAGGACCCCCGCUUCGCCGACGUCUGCGAGGUGCAGCUGCAGGAGAAGGGCUACGCGGUGGUGCCCGUGAGCGGCGGCGCCCAGCAGCGGCGGCGGUCACCGCGGCGCACGCCGCGGCAGCUUCGGCCACCCCGGCCAGCCUGCAGAGCGCAGCAGCCACAGCCGCCUCGGCACGUGCGGCAGCCGCAGCAGCGCGUGCGCGGCAGCGGCCUCGGGCCCGGCGAGGCUGGGCGCACCGCGCUGCACGCCGAGCCCGCAGCCGCCUCGGCCACCGACGCAGCCGCGGAGGGGCCGUCGGCGGGAUGGGGCGCCGCGGCCGAGCUGGCGCAGGAAGGCCUCUGGCUCGGCGGUGCGCUGUUGGCGCUCUCGUGCGGCAGCCUGGGGGAGGCGGAGGACGACCCUCCUGCGCUCGUGGCUGGGCCCCGCUUCGCCCUGGAGCCGCUCAGCCUGGAAGAGGCCGCGCAGCCUGCCAGUAUGCCACUGGCGACUCCCUCGCCCCUGAACGUAUGGCAGGGCAAGUGGCCCGCCGCUGGCGCCGCAAACGCAGCGUCGCUGCCCGAGGAGGCGCACUGUGACAUCGCGCGGACGCCAUCCCCAUCGCCGCGGCCGGUGCUAUGCUUCGGGUAUUCGCUGGAUUGCGAGGACCGCGUGACCGCACCGGCGGCCUGUCGCCCGGUGAUUCGCAUCGCGGGUCUCAUUUGACCGUCUGUUUGCCCUGCCACGUAGCAUCCUACCUUUUUCGACACUUCCAUCGAGGCUCGUGGGUGCUUGCGCAAGCAGCGCGUCGGGCAAGAGGGGGUGGGAGCGGGAAGAAGUGGCCGUAUUAGCAGCGCGCUGGUGCACGUGACGCCUGAUGGCACCCUUUCUUUCUCAUCGCACGCAUAUUUGUUCUCAACGCCCGCCUUGCCAGAGUAAUCGGCAAGAUGCGCUUACAGCUAGCGCCCUUCGGCCCAUCCCGCCAACGUGCUUAGUUCAUGGACCAGAGGCCUCUUUCAGGGCUCUUGGGUUCUCUCGGAAACAGGGGUAACCCAAAGGUUCGGUCACAGCCCGUUUACGCUGCCCGAAGAGCAGCAGGCUCGGAUGGCUUCAUGUGGCGCUUGCCGCCCGCAGCGGAGCGCUCUCGCGGUGCACGAUUCAAGCCGGGCGGGAGAAAAGUGCCUCCAGCGGGGCCCCGCUCGUGUGGGAACACCGGGGGAGGAGGCCGACGGGCCAGACAGAACACUGCGCGGAGCCCGGCGAGCAGAUGGAGCCUUCAUGGAUCCGUCGCCUCUUUUUGUGUACAGGCGUCCUAUUCUUUUUCCCCAGACAUCCGCCGAUCUGGUUGGGGAGGAGGAGGAGACUCGCCCAGCUCCCGGGCGAGCCCCGCCGGCAGCGGGGCCGAUUAAAGGUCGGCCCCCCCUCCGUCGCGGCAGCCUCCGGCCGUGCGCCGCGGCCGCCGGGGCCCCACCGAGAAAAGGGCGCUUCGCACGCCUGCCUCCGAGCAGGGGCUCGACUGCAGAGGUCACGUGUCCCCAGCUUUCAAGAGGGGGAAAGACACACACAGACACCAUGAAUCAUCGAUUCCCA